UGCGCGCGCUCGCUGCCUCCUCGAGACAGCGCCGCUGCGGUGGAGAUGACAGAUUGACGUCAUCGGGACUGACGCAGAGCCGUGGCAGCAGCAGCAGCAGCAUCUUCCCCGCUAACACACCGUCCCUCUCCUGUCUCCCACCGACACCGAGGUGUUUUCUCACCGAGCAUCCUCCGCUAAAUAACGAGAUAAAAGAUAAGAUGGCCACCUCCUCCUCCACUCUGGAAGACGACGAGAGUUUGAAGGGCUGUGAAAUUUUUGUGCAGAAGCACAACAUCCAGCAGAUCCUCAAAGAGUGCAUAGUGAACCUCUGCAUCGCUAAGCCUGAGCGUCCUAUGAAGUUCCUGAGGGAGCAUUUUGAAAAGCUGGAGAAGGAAGAAUGCAAGCAAAUCAUGGCACGUCAGAAAUCUAACAGCCAGUCAGAUUCACAUGAUGAUGAGGUUUCUCCCCCACCGCCCAACCCAGUCGUCAAGGCCCGUCGCCGCAGAGGAGGGGUCAGUGCCGAGGUCUACACUGAAGAGGAUGCUGUCAGCUACGUACGCAAGGUGAUCCCAAAGGACUACAAGACCAUGACAGCCUUGGCCAAAGCCAUUUCCAAGAAUGUGCUGUUUGCUCACCUGGACGACAAUGAGAGAAGUGACAUAUUUGAUGCCAUGUUCCCCGUCACUCACAUUGCAGGGGAAACAGUCAUCCAGCAAGGUGAUGAAGGAGACAACUUCUAUGUUAUUGACCAAGGCGAGGUGGACGUGUAUGUGAACGGAGAAUGGGUGACCAGUAUUGGAGAAGGGGGCAGUUUUGGAGAGCUGGCCCUGAUCUAUGGAACUCCAAGAGCUGCCACUGUCAAGGCCAAGACUGACCUCAAGCUGUGGGGUAUCGACCGAGACAGCUACCGACGUAUCCUCAUGGGUAGCACACUGCGGAAGAGAAAGAUGUAUGAAGAGUUUCUAAGCAAGGUCUCCAUCCUUGAGUCCUUGGACAAGUGGGAACGUCUGACUGUAGCCGAUGCUCUGGAACCAGUUCAGUUUGAGGACGGAGAGAAAAUAGUGGUGCAGGGAGACCCUGGUGAUGACUUCUUCAUUAUCACAGAGGGAAUAGCCUCUGUUCUGCAGCGUCGGUCAGACAACGAGGAGUACGUGGAAGUUGGACGCCUCGGACCCUCAGACUAUUUUGGUGAAAUUGCCCUCCUGUUGAACCGUCCCAGGGCAGCCACCGUAGUCGCCCGCGGUCCCCUAAAGUGUGUGAAGCUGGAUAGGCCCCGCUUCGAGCGUGUGCUGGGGCCGUGCUCAGAGAUCCUCAAGAGAAACAUCCAGAGAUACAACAGCUUCAUCUCUCUCACCGUGUGACAGGUCGGCCCCUGAGGGCCCCACCAGCAGGGGUGGGCAGCAUCAGCAUCAGAGUUUUGGUCGGUGGGUGGGACGGGAUGAGGAUGUGGGGUAAAGGACAUGGGUUUUACAUCUACAACAACAGGGCACACAUUUCCUGACUUUUUUUCCAUUUUGCGCUUUUCUUUCUUUUGAUCUUGUGCACUUUGACUUGACCUGUGCUGUCACGUAGCUUUAUGUCAACAACAACAUGCCGGAGUGAGGACGGAGACCAUUGAACUCAUUAUGUUCUGUAAGUGAGUCAUAUAUACAGUACAGCGUGUCGACUGUAUAUGAAGCAUGCUUCUAGAGUGACAAAGACUGGCGUUUUGCACCUUUGUGAAUUUAUGAAGGAUAUGGAUGAAUUGAGGAAAUAAGAAGGAAGUCAAAGUCAUGUUUACGUACAGCGGGAGGAAGUGAGUUCACAUUUCUUUGCUCGCUGGCUGUGCUUUGCCUUUUUUUCCACUUCUGAGUGUGUGUGGUGUCCUUUCUAGGUCAAACCAGACCAGCACAGACGUUUGCUCCCUAAAAUGUAGAUUUAGAAAAAAAAAAAGUUUUUGCUUGUUUCAUUUUCAGAACAUCUUCAGUGUGCUUUUUCCUGCUGUGACCAGCCGGAGGGGCUGUUAGAGGCAGUGAUAUGUUGAGUUAAGGUUUUAGUAUGUGGUGUGUGGCAGUCAAAUCAUUCACUUAGUUGCUUUUUCUUUCCUCUUUGUUACAAUGUUCCCCAGAGCGGUUGGGUCCGAUCCGCGGGCCGCUUGGAGCUUCCAAAGUCGAAGUAGUUUUGUCAGUCCGCACACACACACAUGAAACACACUGACGUGAAACACACAACCAUACUGUAUAUGCUUACACUGUCUCAGGACUAAAUAAAUCUUCAGUGCACACACACAAA